CGUCUGUCCGGCAAAUGCUAACGUCACGGCCUCUCCUAAUCUUUGACCUCCAAAAACACCGAAGGAAGGCAUCCGUCUCCUCCGUCUUCUUAGUCGCAGCACUUUCCCAACCGCCUCUCGUCUUUAACCAUUAAUCAGACGGUCCGGAUUUCUCCUUUCGCAGAUCCGUUAAUCUCUCCACCGCUUUCUCCCUCUCGCCGCUCUCCCUUUCCCGGUUCCAGGGAAAAGCCGAAGCUGGAAGAAAGAAAGAAUAAAGCAAUUAAAGGCUUGUUCCCCACACCUCUCGUUCUCCAUUUGCGGUCACUCGUUCCUUAAGCGAAUCGAAUCCACUUUUUAGCUCUCCAUUAGCCCUCCAAGAUUCCUAUAAAUAACUCCGCCUCGUCUUCUUUCUUCUUCUCGAGCGGAGAUCGGAGCCUCUGAUGGCGGGAUUCCUAGAAGCGUCCUCGAACCCUAGAGGCUGAGGAAACCCUAGAUCUCGAUUGGUUUCCUGUUUGUUGUUGCUCCCAUGGGAUUGGAGAACGGGUCCAUGGAGAUCCUCGCGACCUCGAGAUUCGCGGCGGCGUGCGUGCUCGGGGGCCUGGUGCUCGGCGCCGCCGUGCUGGCGGGGAAACUGAGCCAGGUGGCGCCGGUGCUGCCGCCGCUGGGGAUCCGGCGGAGGAAGAAGAAGCCCGUCCGCGUGUACAUGGACGGGUGCUUCGACAUGAUGCACUACGGCCACUGCAACGCGCUCCGCCAGGCGCAGGCCCUUGGCGACGAGCUCGUCGUCGGGGUCGUGAGCGACGAUGAGAUCACGGCCAACAAGGGACCACCGGUCACGCCCCUCCACGAGAGGAUGAUAAUGGUAGGUGCUGUGAAAUGGGUGGAUGAGGUCAUUCCAAAUGCUCCUUAUGCUAUAACAGAAGAGUUCAUGAAGAAGCUGUUUACUGAGUAUAAUAUAGAUUACAUUAUCCAUGGGGACGAUCCAUGCCUACUGCCAGAUGGUACUGAUGCAUAUGCCCUUGCUAAGAAGGCUGGUCGUUAUAAGCAGAUCAAAAGAACUGAAGGAGUGUCAAGCACAGAUAUUGUUGGUCGUAUGCUUCUUUGUGUGAGGGAAAGAUCAAGUAGUGAUAGUCAUAAUCAUUCUUCUUUACAAAGGCAGUUCAGCCAUGGACACAGCCAGAAAAUUGAUGAUGGUGGCUUUGGUAGUGGAACUCGGAUAUCUCAUUUCUUGCCAACAUCUCGGCGAAUUGUGCAAUUCUCGAAUGGGAAGGGGCCUGGUCCAGAUGCUCGCAUAGUUUACAUUGAUGGUGCAUUUGAUCUGUUUCAUGCAGGACAUGUAGAGAUACUGCGGAUUGCUCGAGAACUUGGAGAUUUCUUGCUUGUGGGGAUUCAUACUGAUCAAACAAUCAGCUCUACUCGAGGAGCCCAUCGGCCAAUCAUGAAUCUUCAUGAAAGAAGCUUGAGUGUUUUGGCCUGUCGUUAUGUAGAUGAAGUGAUUAUUGGUGCCCCUUGGCAAGUUUCAAAAGACAUGAUUACUACCUUCAACAUCUCAAUGGUUGUCCAUGGAACAAUUGCGGAAAAUAUGGAUUUUCUGAAGGAGAAAUCUAAUCCAUAUGCAGUUCCAAUGGAUAUGGGCAUCUAUUGGCAAAUAGAAAGCCCUUUAGACAUCACAACUAGCACAAUCAUCAAGAGGAUUGUUUCAAAUCAUGAAGCGUAUCAGAAAAGGAAUGACAAGAAGGAAGCUAGUGAAAGGAGGUACUAUGAGGGUAAAACUUAUGUAUCUGGAGAUUAAUUCCCAGGAGCUUGAGUAGCAGGAAUUCCUUUGAAAACCUCGCAUUUCUAACACACAGGUUUCAAACAUCAUGCCAUCAUGGAGUGGUGCAAAUUUUGCAUUGGUUUAACUUCUAAAAGUCUAUAGGCGUUUAGAUGUAGCUUGGAUGAUAGGCGGUCAGACUGCUGGUUAUUUUGCUAGCAUUGGAGUGAUAGGAUUUAUUGGGCUCUUCUUUUUCUUUUUCCUCCAGUCUUUUUUGUCUUCCAUUCCUAUUGUACUGUGCUGUUUCCAGCACGAGUUAUUUGUAUUAGUGGAUAGGAUGUAUUAAUUUCCUACUUCAAUGUUAUCAUCUUGUAUUCUUCAUAUUUUUUGUGUUGUAUUCUCAUGCGGAUGGGAGCAUUGUCUACCAGUUGGCUGUUGAAUAUUUAGGCCCAAACUUGUUUUAUCUUUCCCCGUAUGUUAAUUUAUUAUUUUAG